AUGCGCGCAAACCUUCAGGUCCUCGUCGUGCGGAUCCCGGGGCUGCCGCUGGAUCAGCAGCCGCGCCCGCUGCGUGUGGAGGCCCCGCAUGCGGACAGCCUGUUCACAGUCUUUGAUGACGUGCUCGAGCCGCUGCCGGAGGGCAAGGUCAUCGACCUGGACGGGAUCAAGGAGCCCCUGGUGUUUGACGGGGACACGACAGAGGCGUGGUGGGUCAAGGGCAUGACGGCAGAUGACUUUAUCGACAUGGUGCUGUCGCUGGACGCAGCUGUCAUCCCGGAGGCGGCACCCACCAAGCCUACAAGCGACCAGGCUGGCAGCCCCUGGUCAAACCCCGUUGCCCAUGCGCCUGCGCAAAUGCACGAGCUGCUGGACCGCGUGGCCCGCGGCGAACACAAGAUGGAGUACGCGCGUGUGUACCCCACCCGCCCGCUGGCGUUCGGCGCGCAAUACGUGCGUGAGGAUGCCGUGUGCGGCCCGCGCGCUGCGGGAAUGGUCACCGGCGUAGGCGGGGACUCGGAGAUGCCGCUGGCGACGGGCGGGGCCCGGCUGGACAACCCAGAAGCCAGCGCCAUCGACAGCUGCACCGCCUACCUGUGUGCCUGCACCGGAAAGAAGACGGGAUUCCAUCCCGGCGUGCUGCCGCUGCUGCUUCGCCUGGAGCCCGCCUUUCUGGACCCUCUGGAGGGCCGCAAGCACGCCAGCGUGCUGGAGCUGGCAAAGGCAGUCGUGGGCAGGACCGAGAACGGGUUCGAGCGCAAGCAGGUGACCGGCGCCCAGAUUCAGUACAUAAACCAGGCCCUCCACAAGGCCACCGAGACGCAGGGGCCGGUGGUCUUCUGUGCUGACGCGGAUGAGGCGCUCGACAUGAUGCGGCUGGCGCUGGCGCUGGCGGCACCGCUCAGGAGCGGCCGCGACCUCACGCCGGGCCAGCGGGCGGCGUCAAAGCUGUGCAUCCAGUCCGCGCUGACUUUCAUGCAUGCGCAGCUCAAGAAGCAGGGCGACGCCAACCAAGACAUCGGCACAGGCAUGUAG